GUGGUGUACGGAAGUAACCGUUGGCCCUCUGUAGGCUAACUGUCAUAACGUUACCAACAAUGCCGCCGCAUUGUUGUGUUCCCAAAUGUACUUUUUCUAAAAGAAAUAAAUCCUAUACAGGUCAAACCUUCCAUUGUUUCCCCAAAGAUCCUGUACUUUGCCGUGAAUGGAUUCACAAAAUAAGAAGAGAUCCUGGUCGCCAUUUCAAGAUCCACGGGGACACAAAAGUAUGUUCAGAUCACUUCACAGAAGAGUCUUUUUUGAAGACCCUGGUUGGCAUGCGAAAGUUGAAGAAGGGUGCUGUUCCAACAUUGUUUGCCUGGACUGAUAGCACCGUGAGGCCUGCAAGGAGGUCUAUCGUCAGAGGAACUACAAGUCAUGCAACCACUGCAGUUGUUGAAGAGGAUGUCCGGCAGGUUGAUGUAAAUUCCAAUGAGUUAAGUACAGAGACGGCCCCUCCCCACCCCGAUCAUGAUUAUGCUGAACUGCCCCCGCCACUGGAGGAGCAACUUAAGGAAGCCCACAAGAUCAUCAACGAUCAAGCAGAAUUAAUUGCACGUCUUCAAACCAAGCAGUUUCUCCUUUCAAGAUUCCAAGGCGAUGAUAAGAACAUCAUGUUUUUCACAGGCUUUCCUGAUUACAACACACUGAAAGCAGUGUUUAUGGCCCUACAGCCUACUGCAGAAAACAUGGUAGGGUGGAGUCAGGCACAGCGAAUAAGGCAAGCUGACGGGCAAAUUGUAAGGCAGGGGUUUAGCAUUCCUAAACUGGCCGUCAUUGACCAGUUUUUUCUAUUUCUUUGUCGUCUUAGGCAAGGUUUUCCUGAACAGGACCUUGCAGUGCGCUUUGAUGUGUCACAGUCAACUGUAAGCAGGGUCUGUGUAACCUGGGCAAACUAUCUACAAUUCAUGUUAGGAUCACUUCCAAUUUGGCCUUCGAGAAACUGUAACACCACCUUUAAGGGCCUAGUUGGCAUCUCUCCCUCAGGUUUAGUCACAUUUGUCAGUGACCUGUAUACAGGUUCGAUAUCUGACAAGGAGAUCACAAGAGAAUCAGGGAUCCUGUGUCUACUUGAGGAAGGCGAUGAGGUCAUGGCUGAUAAAGGAUUUCUCAUCAAGGACCUUCUCACUGAAAUCAAUGUCUCCCCUUGUGAUCCUCAGCCCCUUUAG